CCUCCGGUCUUACAGUCUCCUCACAGACGUUACCUCUGUUCACUGCAGGCAUGCAUUUGCCUGUCAGCAACUAAACCUGUUCUAACUGGGACAUUUCAUACCAGGAUUUGAUUUGAUUGCUUUACAUCUGAUUCGCUCGUCAUUCAUCUGCAAAAAUGACUAUCAGAACAGCGCGCCCAAACCGGGCACAACAUUUCCAGCCCCGUUUGUAUUGCCUCAAAAAGCUGGAGUCGAUUUUGCUAGAAAUGCAGGACACAAAAAGUGGAGUUAAAGGUACAGAGCAGAAGCUCAAUAUCACUACCAUCCCACAUGUCAUUGCUGGUAAUGACACAAUUGCUUGGAUUAGCAACAAAAUGAAGACCACUACAGAAGAGGCUCAGGCCUUUGGCACCAUGUUGGUAGCUUAUGGUUACAUCUACCCGCUGCAGAACCAUAAGAAGCUGGUCAUGUGCAACGACAGCAGCCUGUACCGUUUCCAGACUCCUUACUUCUGGCCAACACAGAAAUGGGUCCCAGACGACUCUGAUUAUGCCAUUUACCUGGCAAAGCGGAACAUCCGGAAGAAGGGCGUGUUGGAACCAUAUGAACAGGCACAUUACAAUCACCUCCAUGAAUGGCUGAACCACAAAUGGGAUUUCAUUGUGAUGCAAGCAGCUGAACAGUAUAAGGCUGGCAAAGAGAGGAAGAAGCCAGAUCGCGUGGUGUUUGACUGCCAGGAGAGGGCGUACUGGAUGGUGAACAGGCCUCCGCGUUGUGCUCACAGUGCCAUGGACUGUGGUCCAGAGAGGCUCAUUGACCCAAACACAGAUGAGAAAACCACUUUUGAUAUCUAUAGACGCAAGAACAUGUUCUAUCAACAAGCUAUCAUGAGGUCCAAGGUCAAAUCUAGCGUCUCCCUGGGAGCGCUGGUCAAAUACAUCACAACCUACAAAAAUCAUGACCCGCUCCUGGCUUCCUGUCUACCCAGCAACCCGUGGCAAACAGACCAUGAUGCAUACUGGACUCUCAACAUGAGAAGGGUUGAAGUUCCUACUAAAAUGCGUGUGGAGCGCUGGUCCUUCAGCUUAUUCGAGCUGCUGAGUGACCUGCGAGGGCGAGAUGACUUCAAGAUCUUCCUUAAGAAGGAGUUCAGUGGUGAGAACUUGGCUUUUUGGGAAGCAGCAGAAGAACUGAAGUGGGGAACCUCAUCGUCUAUGUCAACAAAAGCUGAGACCAUCUUCAAGACCUUCCUGGCCCCUGGCGCCCCCCGCUGGAUCAACAUUGAUGGCAGGACAAUGGGUCUGACAGUGAAAGGUCUGGAACAUCCUCACCGCUAUGUGCUGGAAGCAGCACAGACGCACGUCUUCCUGCUCAUGAAAAAGGACACGUUCUUCCGUUACCUCAAGUCACCUACAUACAAGGACAUCCAGAAGAAGGCACUGAACCCUGAACCGCACAACUUCAGUCCUGCCAACCUGGAGCAGAAUGCUCUGAACCGGAGCCCGGGCAUCCACCCCAUCAUCCUCUGGCAGCAAGAAGAGGAGGAAAAAGCCAAGGCUGCCGCUGCCUCCGCUCCAGUGGAUGUCAAAGCCAUGAUGAGCAAGAUCGACAGGAAGAAGUAGAAAAGUAUAGUGCAGGUGUGUUUGUAUGCACGCGGUUUCGUUCAAAGCAGUCCUCUUUGUAGCUGGAUACAUGAAAGGUCUCACUUUACUUAUUAAUGGUCUCCUGUUUUAGUAACUGUGAGUUAUUUUAAAUUUUUUUCAAUAGGAAGUUGUUGUUGAAAAGCUACUGUAAAGUUACGUUGAAACCAAGCACACCAUUGUUUUUCUUGUGACAUUACCAAUAAGUGUGAUGUGUCACAUGGCCCU